AUGCCCACCGUGGAUGAUAAUCGAGCGAAGCAACUCCGCGCAGAGUUGAAGGAAUGGGAGCAUUCUUUUGCGGCAGAACAUAGGCGGAAGCCUUCUCGCGAGGAAGUCAAGAGGGAUCCCCGUAUAUCAGCAAAGUAUAAAGAAUAUAGCAAACUGCGUACCUCCACAUCCACCGCCGCCUCUCGUCCCACCACCUCAAAUCCCAAACCGAAACCAGAACGUACUCCUUCCACUACAAAGGGGAUUCGCGACCCAUUCGCAAGCGCAAGGUCAGACAAAUCUACGGCAAGCACUCGCAAAAAAGCGGCGGAUAUAUUCAAAACCCCCACGAAGCCACAGUUAACCUCAGCGGAUCAGCAGGAGAUUUAUGAUUCACCGUUGUCUUUAAGACGUACACGCUUGUUUGGAAACCGGCCCAGGGAUAGCGUUGGCCCUACACCGCAGAAAACUGGAAACGUUCUUGGGUUGUUUGAGAGUUUUGUGGACAUCAAGGUUACGCCUAAGAAAGCAAGGGACAGAGUUUCCGCCAGUCCCGUUUCAACUCGAAAGACCGGUGACACCAAUGAAGGAGGGGCAAAUGGGAGAGGGGAGUUCGCUACUCCACGAAAACGCAAGGCGGAAGAGAUAUCGGUGGGCAGCGCAAAGAAGCGUGGGGAAGAGGAAUUUACUACGCCGACAUUUCUACGAAGAGAUAGCUCCAGGUUUCAACCGCCCGUGGAGAGUCCUCCCGUCCCGUUGCCUAUGCGGCCUGUCAGAGGACUGGGCAGCAUGGUGGCGGAACUCCGCAAAAUGGAGGAUGAAGCGAUAGAAGAAGAGUUCGCCGAUGACGAGGAGGCUAUGAAAGAGAUGGAGGCGCUGGAUGCUGAGCCAUCUCUUCCACCCCCCGAGCAACGGGGCGAGGGAUUGGAGGUUGGCAUAGGCGAUUUACCGCCUGGGGCUUUCGCGGAGGAGGCAAUUGUAGACGAAAAUGAGGGGGAGGACAAAGAUAAGCCAAAAUGGAAAAAGAAAGGUCUUAAGAGGCAGACCAGGCGAACCAUUAGUAAUUAUACCUCCCCAAAUACAAAUAUUUUGGUUCGUAAAUUGACAAACAUAGUGCGCCCUACCACUACAAAACCACAAGAAAUGCCGCAGGAGGAAGAUCUACGCCCUGACCCGGCCAAUGCGGAACUCCCGCCCGCAGGCUAUGACGACGGCGAAGACUUAUCAAAUAUCGAAAGUGAGGAUGAACGCACUAGCAAGAAAGCGAUGGUCGAUAAGGGCAAAGCCGUUGUCAAGAAGGUUGUGCGGAAAGUCAAAGCUACGGCUAACGCAAACUUCCGAAGGCUCAAUAUCAGAGGUCAAGGCACCAAGGCGAGGGGCGGAGGGAAGUUUCGGAGACGUAGAUAA